ACUAAAUUUGGAGAUAUAUAUGAUUGUGUGGACUUCUACAAACAACCUGCAUUUGAUCAUCUAUUACUGAAAAAUCACAAUUACCAUCCUCAGAUGAAACCAUCUUUGUUUGUGAAAGAGAGCGAUUCAACUAUGUCAACAAGUAAUAAGCUGUCAGGAAUAGAAUUACCAGACGGAGGUUGUCCUGUUGGAACUGUUCCAAUAAGAAGAACAACCAAAGAAGAUCUUAUUAGACAUAAACUUAUGCCACCAGCAGAAAAUGUCAUGGUCGACAGUCCACUUACUCAUAGGGAAAACUCCAUUGAUUCAAAAAGAAGAAGAUACAAACCUUUGCAAGGGUACAAGAUUGCGACUGUUCAUACUGAUGACGAUAAUCCAAACAACAAAUUUGGAGGAGCUUCCAUGGCAGCAGCCGUAUAUAAUCCUCAUGUCGAAGGUCAACAACAUAGUGCAUGUCGAUUAAAAAUUAUUAAAGGGUCAAAUAUUCUACAAGCUGGUUGGAGAGUUGACCCUACUCUUUAUGGCGACAAUAAUACUAGGUUAUACAUACAUUUCGACGAUGGUACAAAUUCUUGUUUCAAUUUGUUAUGUCCUGCUUUUGUACUUAUAAAUACAGAAAUAGCGGUAGAUUCAGUAAUUUCUCCCGUUUCACAACCUGGAGUGAAGACAUAUGACCUGGCUUUUUACUUAAAUUGGGACCUAAACAAUGGAAAUUGGUGGUUUUUUAUUACAAACACUCAUACACCAAUUGGUUUUUGGCCUCAAGAGGUGUUUGAUGAUUUUGUGUAUUUUGCAACAAGAGUUGAAUUUGGCGGAGUGGUAUAUAGUCCACCUGGAAUACUUGAACCGCCCAUGGGUUCAGGCUCUUUCCCUGUAGGAAACACUACGCGUGAUGGAUAUUGUAGAAAUAUUACAAUUUUAAGCGAUAAAGACGAAAAUAUAGACAUAGGUAAAUUGACAACACAUGUAGAUAGUCCUAAUUUAUACAACGCCGUAGAUGUUGAAAAUGCUGGGGGUGAUUGGAAACAUAUGGUUUUGUAUGGUGGACCUGGUGGCUGGUGA